UGCAGCCCCAGCCCACUGAGCAGGCGUCACAGCAAGAAGACCAAGCACACAGGAGAGAUGGCACUGGUGAGAGAAGGAUGCUGCCCCCUGCUGCUGCUCCUGCUGCUGGGGCUGUGGGUGGUUGAGAUCCCAGUCAGUGCCAAGCCCAAGGGCAUGACCCCAUCUCAGUGGUUUAAAACUCAGCAUGUGCAGCCCAGCCCUCGCGCAUGCAACUCAGCCAUGAGAAACAUCAAUAACUACAACAAACGGUGCAAAGACCUCAACACCUUCCUGCACGAGCCCUUCUCCAGCGUGGCCGCCACCUGCCAGACCCCCAACAUAACCUGCAAGAAUGGCCACCAUAAAAACUGCCACCAGAGCCAUGGGUCCCUGUCCCUGACCAUGUGUAGGCUCACCUCAGGGAAGUACCCGGACUGCAGGUACAAAGAGGAGCACCUGAAAAAGUCUUACAUAGUGGCCUGUGACCCUCCACAACAGGGUGACCCAGAGUACUCACUUGUUCCUGUGCACUUGGAUAAAGUUGUGUAAGGUCUGGUGCCCACGCUCCACCCCACGCUCUGCAGACUGUAUGUGCUGCUGUUCCUCCCUCAAGUUCUUUAUUAAUCCUUGCUUCCCAUCGCAAAUGCCAUUUCUCUCCCACACACCCAAUCUCACAUAUUCCUGGUUCUUUAGGGGGUUUUAUGGAUGCUCCAAAUGAUGAGGGAAGAGGGCAGAUUCUCUUCAGCCUUUCAAUGCAGCUUACUUUGAAGCCCUUCCAGAGUCAAGCACUCAGGAUCCCCACAAGGAUGGAUCGGAGUUUGGUGAGGCCUGUGGCUUAUCUAAUGUUGAAGACCCUCUUAAAGAAAAAGAACAUAAAAUUACAAAUCCAAAAUAAGUCAGAUCCUAGGAAGGGCUGUGGUUGGACAGUUCAGGGAGAUCCCAGACAGGGGUGAUUAUCUAAGAAAGGAAGGAAGGGGAAUCUAUGCUGUGUCCUCUGUGCUGGGGAAAGAAAUGCUUCUGAUCUUGCUGUAAUAAAGACUCUGCUGU